UUUUAUUUUUCUCGAUUUUAAAACUCGUUUUACGUCUAGCGAUCCCAAAACCAUUACACACACUUCAAACUCUUUGUUUUUGUCCAAUAUAUCUGUUGAUUAUCCAGGUUACAUUCCCUAUCUUGGAAGAAUUAAUAUUGGAGCUGAAUGGCACUUCGAAAGGGAUAUGGCUUGGACAACUCUCAACACUGUUUCAGGAAACUAAAAGUUCUUGAGCUUAUAUGUGUUCCUGGGAAAGCAGAUGCUCUUCCAUAUUGUUUCAUUCGGUCAUUACUAGCUCUUGAAACGUUGGUUUUACAUGAUGCUUCCUUCUAUCAAAUAUUCCAGUCUGAUGGACUCAAUGAUGAGGAAAGACAUGCAUCAGUUCUCACUCGGUUAAGUAAAUUGCGGUUGUCUAAACUUCCAGAGCUGACACAUAUCUGGCAGGAAGAGUUCCGAGCAGCUUUCUGUAACCUGAGAAUUCUUGAAGCAGAGGAAUGUGGCAAAUUCAAGACUUUAGUCCCCUCAUUGGCGUCUUUCGAAAAUUUAACAACUCUGGAAGUUUCGAGAUGUCAUGGAAUCUUCAAUUUAAUAGCAUGCUCAGAAGCUAAGAGCCUGAUUCUACUAGAAAGAUUGAGCAUAACUGAUUGCAAGAUGAUAGAGGAAAUCAUAGCAUGUGAAGGUGAAGAAAUUAAAGGUGGCAUUGUUUUCAUCAAACUGAAGUAUUUGCAACUAAGUUGUCUACCAAGUCUAGUAAGCUUUUCCUUAGGGGAUCACAACUUUGAAUUCCCUGCCUUGGAAAAGGUGAUUCUGAGAAAGUGCCCAAAGAUGAAGAAUUUCUGUCAAGGAGAUUUAAGCACACCAAAGCUGGAACGAGUGCAAUUUACAGAAGAUGAAGAUGAAGAUGAAAAAAGAGGGCGCUGGGAUGGCAACCUUAAAACUACUAUACAACAGCUUUUCAAAGAAAUGAACAUCCAAAAUUCUGAAGUGGUUGAGGUUAACCUUCAGUUACCCAAUCUGGAAUAAGGCAAUAUGCUUUGGUGAUUGUGAGAUAGGCUCAUUUCCCUUCAAUCGAAAUCAGAUGGUAAUUAAGUACCUGUUAAACUUUCAUAAUUCUUCAUCUCUCCACUUUAUUUCCCUUCAUCAUGGCACAAUUGCUUUAUACUGUGACGGUGGAGAUGGCUUCUCAUUGCAGAUUGAAUUUAUCUAGUUUGUAAAACGAAAAAGGAAUUGCUCUACUGAAGUUUCCUUUGAACCCAAAAGGUUGUUUCACUUCCUACGAAUGUGUUAUUUGAACCUCAGUUUGCAAGUAAUGAAUUUCAGGUGCAUCAUGCUUGGCACUGCAAACUACAAAUAUGUAUCCUUUUUCUUGUACUGUUGAUCAGCUAAGACUCCCCUGUUUUAGUAAUCCCAAAUUUUCUUCUUCUUCAAGGCUGAUGGAUUUUCCAAUUCCUUCGUACAUUUCAACCACAUCAUGUCGUUGAUUUGUAAAUCCUUUUGCUGCUAUUUUCUCAUUUCUUUUCUAUGAUACAUAUUAAGAGUCCAGGGGAGGGGAUGAGAGAGGAUUGGAGCCUUGAAUCUUUAUCCUCCAAAGAACAGGUAAGAACCAAGUGAGGGUUAUUGUUUCCUCGUGAUCGGAUAAUUUAUUGCAGUUUAGUGGUUUCUUA